AUGUUGACAAUACACAUGUAAACCAGGUUAAAAUGUGAACCUCUAGUCAUCAGAUUUUCAUUACUCUAUUUUCAUCUUGCAGUGUAAUUAAUUAGAGGUGUUUAAUUUAUUUAAUCCAAUCUAAAUUAGAAAAAAGAAAUUAAUCUUAAAUUUAGAAGCAUAGAUAUAUUUAUAUUUCUCAUCAUAAUUUAAUAGUAUAAUACUCUGUUUUAUUUAUUAUAUUUGACAUUUUUUGAUGUUAUAUAUUACUUACUUGAUCUGCAAUUGAUAUUAGAUAAUUCUGAAUUUGAAUCCAACAUAAAAUAUUCUUAAAUAAAAAAUUAACAUAUUUCACUUAAUAUUUCCUAAAGUUUUAAAGGCGAACAAAGUAUGUUGUUUCUCCAUGAUCUUUCUCUCAUCAAUAUUCAUAUUAUGUUCAAAUAGUAUUUUUUGAGGUUAAUCACAAAGUCAUUAGUCGCUUAUCAUAAUCACAAAAUGUUAGGUAAAUUAUUUAUUUAUAUGUUAGAUAUGAGUUAAAUUGACUAAUUAAUGGAACUAAAAUUCGCUUUAGAUAAACAUUACCUAGCAAAUGAAUUCUAUUUAUUUCUAAUUUAUAUCAAAGAUGUAUAUACUAUGUCAAUUAGUUUUGAAUGGAAACAAAUUCAAGAGCGAUACGCUUGGCAAUUAUAUAUUGUGUUUGGAUAAUGA